AGUUUCAUGUCACUCGGCGGCCAAACGCCAUUGCAGCAAUUGGAUUCCUCUCCAGAUUUCUACUCCGAUUUCUCGACAAUCGAUGUGUUCGUCGAUGAAAUUCUAGUUAUAGUUCUGUAGAUUUGGUGAAAGAUAGCUCAAAGGAGGUCCUUUUGCUUGGUUGGUCAUGGCUUGGCGGCGACUCCUUUCGCAGGUUGGAAGGGAACAAAUACGGCGUCUUUAUUUGAAUGAAUUAAGUGGUUUGUCUAAUCUUGCUUCAUUCAAAGGAGAAAGCGGAAAUGUAAUCCAAAAUUUUCAAAGGAGAUUCCAGUCUGCCUAUGCUGGUAAUUUUUCUCGCAGAGCUCUUGAUGUAGAGGGGGCAAAUGAGAUUACAUUGCUUAAAGAGCUUUACAGAAGCGAUGCUGAAGGAGUUAUUAGGAUUUUUGAAAGUCAGCCUUCACUACAUUCUAAUCCAUCAGCGGUUGCAGAAUAUGUUAAAGCAUUAGUCAAAGUUGAUAGGUUAGAUGAGAGUUUGUUGCUUAAAACACUACAGAGAGGUAUGUCCAGCUUGUCUAGGGAAGAAGAGAGCAUUAGUAACUUUCCAGCAUUAAAAAAUGUUGGUCGCUUGCCUAAGGAUGGAGUUCUUGGAACUGCAAGUGCUCCUAUUCACAUGGUAACAGCAGAUACUAGUAGUUUUAAAGAACAAUUGUGGCGGACUGUCCGGAUAGUUGUCUUGGGAUUCCUUGUAAUAUCUGGUGUUGGAGCACUGAUUGAGGAUAGGGGAAUUAGUAAAGGGCUUGGACUAAAUGAAGAGGUACAACCAAGUAUGGAUUCUAGCACAAAAUUUAAUGAUGUAAAAGGUGUUGAUGAGGCUAAAGCUGAAUUAGAGGAAAUUGUGCAUUACCUUCGUGAUCCCAAGCGUUUCACCCGUCUAGGUGGCAAACUUCCGAAAGGUGUCUUGCUUGUUGGCCCCCCAGGUACAGGUAAGACCAUGUUGGCACGAGCCAUUGCUGGAGAAGCUGCUGUGCCCUUCUUCUCAUGCAGUGGCAGUGAGUUCGAAGAGAUGUUUGUGGGUGUUGGAGCAAGAAGGGUGAGGGAUCUUUUCACUGCAGCAAAGAAACGAUCCCCAUGUAUAAUCUUCAUUGAUGAAAUUGAUGCAAUUGGCGGCAGCCGCAAUCCCAAAGACCAACAGUAUAUGAAGAUGACCUUGAAUCAGUUGCUUGUUGAGCUGGAUGGCUUUAAGCAGAACGAAGGCAUUAUUGUGAUUGCUGCAACAAAUUUCCCAGAGUCAUUGGACAAAGCACUUGUGAGACCUGGACGCUUUGAUCGUCAUAUUGUCGUUCCUAAUCCUGAUGUUGAAGGCCGCCGGCAGAUUAUGGAGUCUCACAUGUCUAAGGUAUUGAAGGCAGACGAUGUCGAUCUGAUGAUCAUUGCCAGAGGAACUCCAGGUUUCUCAGGUGCAGACCUCGCAAACCUGGUUAACAUUGCUGCUCUCAAAGCUGCUAUGGAUGGGGCAAAAGCUGUGAGCAUGGCUGAUCUAGAAUAUGCAAAAGACAAAAUAAUGAUGGGCAGUGAGCGCAAAUCAGCUGUAAUUUCAGAGGAAUCAAGGAGACUGACCGCAUACCAUGAAGGUGGUCAUGCUCUUGUUGCGAUACACACUGAUGGCGCUCUCCCCGUCCACAAGGCCACUAUUGUCCCUCGGGGGAUGUCCCUGGGCAUGGUUGCCCAGCUCCCAGACAAGGAUGAGACCAGCAUUUCAAGGAGGCAAAUGCUUGCAAGGCUGGAUGUGUGCAUGGGAGGCCGUGUUGCUGAAGAGCUCAUCUUCGGUGAGAACGUGACAUCCGGUGCUUCAUCUGACAUCCAGCAAGCAACUCCCCUAGCAAGGGCAAUGGUGACGAAAUACGGAAUGAGCAAGGAGGUCGGUAUUGUCUCCCACAACUACGAUGACAACGGAAAAAGCAUGAGCACUGAAACCAGGCUUCAAAUCGAGAAGGAAGUGAGGGAGUUCUUGGAAAAAGCAUACAACAACUCAAGAACAAUCCUCACAACACACAAUAAAGAGUUGCAUGCGCUUGCUAAUGCGCUGCUCGAGCACGAGACUCUCACAGGUGCCCAAAUCAGGAAUUUGCUCGCACAGGUGAGUAAUAAUCAGCAGCAGCAGCAGCAGCAGCCGGCAGUGGCAACAGCACCUCAAACAACCACUCCAAUGCCACCCUCUGCAGCAGCAUCAGCUGCGGCAGCAGCCGCAGCUGCCGCGGCCUCAGCAGCUGCCAAAGCGAAAGGAGUUGCACAACCGGUUGUUGGUUCUUAACACAUCGACAAAAACAUUAUAUGAUAUCAAUUCAUGUAUAGUUGUGACUUCUGCAGCACUCUGACCAUAUCCUGAAACGAAGUCAAUUGUGCUAAUUUGCUGCCAUUUUGAUUCCUGUUGUGUAAACUGGACAUAUGCUUAUGUUCUGCGGCAUGCUUGUAUGGGAACUCAUCGAAAUAUAAAAGCCAUGGCAGGCUGAAA